AGGUAAUUUCAGGCCUCAGUUCUAGGAUGACUGAGUUUAAUUUGUUUGAUUGCCUUUGAGAAAAGAACUGUUCGUGUAUGAUUAAAGAUAUUUGGCAAUGAAUUCAGUAAUUCAUCUUAGAAUGAUAAUAAGCAUUUUUUUUUUUUGCCAAUGUGCCGUCUAUAUCACAGACACAAACCUGAAAAGGGUUGGCUGGCAUUGCGAAAAUGUUGAACAGGCUAGAUUACCAUCUAGUGAAGUUUAGAGGGACAUGGGGAAAGCCUGAUCGGAAAGCUUGCAGUGGACUUGACAGGUCAGAUGUUGAGGGGAUGUUUCUCUUUGUGGGAGAAUCUAGAGAUAAGCAUUGUUUAAAAAUAAGACCUCACCUUAUUCAAGUCAGAAUGAGACAAUUGUUUUUUUUUCUGCCAGAACACUCUGAGUCUUUGGAAUCCUCUUCCGUAAAGGGAGGUGAAAGUAGGGUCCUUAAAUAUUUUUAAGGCUGUCAAAGGUAGAUUAGAUAGAUAAACAACGGAUUGAAAGUGUGCCAUGGAUAGGGAGGUUUGCAGAGUUGAAGUUACGUGUAGAUUAGCCAUAAUCCAAUUGAAUGAUAAAGCCAGUUUGUAGGAUUGAAUGGGCUACACCAACUUCCUGUGUUCAUGCAUUCAUACUUUAUUUCCAUGGCUAUUUUUUUCAUUGCAACUCAACGCAUGAAGAAAUCAUGGCUGGAUUCCACCUCUUCCGUGGUGAGAAUUCUGAAAUUAUGCAAGAUCAGUUGCUGCCCACCAGUUCAAAUGUUUCGCUUAUCUGUGCAGCUUUCACAGCAUAUUUUUCAUCGAGGAAAUAACUCUUUUUUUAAUAGGUCAAUUUUUUUCAUGUGACACCUCAAUACAAUUUAAAUUAAGAUCAGAACUACCAGUUAGUUUGAGCCUUUGGAUCGGGAAGAUUGUAGGUGUGACUUGAUGGUGGUGGUAAAGAAUGAUACACAUUUGGUUCCUGAGAGUGCCCUUUGUUGUGUUACUCCUUACGGUGAUGGGUGGAGUUCCAAUAGAUUCUCAGGAAACUCAGGGCAAUCGGUUCAAGCAAAAUGCUACACUGGACGCAGUCAAAAGAGUGGACAGAGUGAAUAAGGAGACAAGAGAAAAUAGCAGAAGAAGCAAUACUAACACAUCGUCAGCACCUUCUCAUCUUCUGACUUUCUUCAAGCAGUUUACAGCAAAGAACAAGAUUGAGGUGCAAAAUGCUGAGAAUGUGGAGAUUUCACUGAGGCCCAAACAACACUGGGUUCAUGUGCACAGUCAAUGGGAAAUCAAUAUAACAGAUCGUCUAACUGUCAGUGAGCUGGGCAGGAUGAUACAUGCAGCAAAGAGUUCAAGAGUUGUCCAGCCUUCUGUCUGUGAAACUGACUGCUGGUCCAACCGAUACAGAGCUAUCAAUUCCAUGUGCAACAACAGGAGGACUCCGUAUCUGGGAAUACCCAACAUGCCAUUUACUCGUUGGCUUCCAGCUGAAUAUGAAGAUGGAUUUUCCCUUCCAAAAGGCUGGAUACAGGGGAAACUUUACCUGGGAUUCCCUCUGCCACCGGUCAGAGAAGUUUCCAACAAGAUCCUGAAAGCAUCCAUUGAAAACAUCGUUUCAGAUUCUGAAAGAAGUCGAUUAUUUGCACAAUGGGGCCAGUGGAUUAGUCAUGACAUAAGUUUAACUCAACCAUCCAACAAUAUCCAGGCCUUCAGCAAUGGCAUCAACUGUGCGACUUCAUGUGUUCAGAAAGCUCCUUGUUUCCCAAUCAAGGUAACUUGUGGUGACCUUCAGGCUACAGACACUCGACAGUGCCUUCCAUUCACCCGUUCGGCUCUCACAUGCCGCUUGGGAUUUGGGAACAGGAAUGGAUGUGAGCAGAUCAAUGAACAGACGGCUUACAUCGACGCCUGCAAUGUUUACGGCAGCACAGAAAACCAGGCAAAGAAACUCAGAAAUUUCACCAAUGAUCUGGGCUUGCUGAAAGUCAACCCUACCUUUUCAGACCACAACCUGCAAUAUUUGCCUUUCAGAAAUGUUAGCCAGACAAAUGUUUGUCCAAUGGCCUACAACAAGUCCUUAUGUCCCAGUAUUAAUAUUCCCUGCAUGCAAGCUGGCGAUGGCCGAGCAAAUGAAAAUUUGGGACUGUUGGCAUUCCAUACAAUAUUUCUACGGGAACAUAAUCGUUUAGCGAGGGAGCUGAAGAGACUGAAUCCACACUGGAGUGGAGAAACCAUCUAUCAGGAGGCGAGGAAAAUCAUUGGAGCUCAUCAUCAGAUUAUAACCUACAGGGAUUAUAUUCCGCGAGUAAUUGGAAAGCAUGCAACAAGGAAGUACCUAUCCGAAUAUCAAGGCUACAAUGAAUCUGCCGAUCCCAGACUUUCUAAUGUUUUUGCUACAGCUGCCAUGCGCUUUGGGCAUGUUACUGUGCAACCAGUGGUGAAACGUUUCAAUGAAAUGUACCAGGAGGACCCAAAAUAUCCCAGCAAAUUCCUGCACAAUACUUACUUUACUCCGAGGAAUCUAAUCGAGGAAGGAGGUAUUGAUCCAAUAAUCCGCGGUUUAUUUGGUUACCCGGCCAAAUUGCAGACCCAAGAUGCAAUGAUGACAGAUGAGCUGAGGGAGAAGCUGGUUAUAUCAGAGCAUCAGAUGAAUCUGGACCUAUCUGCCAUUAACAUACAGCGAUCCAGGGACCAUGGGCUCCAAGGUUACAAUGCAUGGCGAAAGUUCUGUGGACUAUCUGAACCCCGUGGUCUCUUUGAUCUUUCAUUCAUCCUCAAGAAUAUGGAACUUGCAUCUAAUCUCCUCGAAUUAUAUGGAACGCCAGAGAACAUUGACGUGUGGGUCGGGGGAAUCUCUGAACCCUUUGUGGAAGGUGGCAGGGUGGGCCCACUGUUUGGCUGCUUGAUAGGACGACAGUUCAAGAACCUCCGCGAUGGAGACAGAUUCUGGUGGAAAAACAAAGGAGUUUUUACUGCUAAGCAACAGCAGGCUCUUCAACAGGUCUCAUUCUCUGCCUUCAUCUGUGAUAAUACCAGGAUUGAAAAUGUUCCUAGGGAUGUACUUACAUUCAGACCAUACCCGGAAGCUUUUGUCAGGUGUGAUCACAUACCACGGGUAGACCUGAGUGCCUGGAGAGAAAUGGUUGAUGGAACCUCUUGUGGAGCCAUCCCUUUGGUCUCUCAUGCCCAUUUUUCAGUCUGCAAAUCCUUGGUCACAUACACCUGCCGAUCUGGAUUCGAACUGGUGGGAGGAGACACAAUAAAAUGCCUGAGAAAUGGACUGUGGCACUCUGCACCGCCUACUUGUACUGAACUUCCUGGAAACUUGGACAAAAUACAAAAAGAAGAUGAAAAUGAACUUGACUCAACAGAAUUGGACCAGGUUACAGACUUUGCUGACGGUUCAGGAGAUAGCCAUUGGGCUGCAGUCUAACGCCACAUGUAUUCAGCCUGGCAGAAAUGAAAUAAGGGGGUUGGAAACUGGAUUAAAGCUCAGGGUUUCCUGGACGAAGAUGAAAUGUAUCACUCGUUAUUGCAAAUACAAGCUCAGGUGCUGAGGUCCAGUACAUGUCUAGAAAGACAGGAAUUUCCCACACUCUAUCUGUAGUAGGUUGAUCAUUAGCAGUGCACUCAGUCACCAGUUCAAAAUCUUUUGAUUCCAGAUCUGGUAUUUUAUGUUCAUUUGAUCCAGCGAUAUGAGUAACACUGACAAGGCAGCAAAUAUUGUGCAUGGUAGUUGCUGGGAGAGGAUGGUUGGCCUUUCUGGAACCUCUGCCUACUAUGGUAUGCUACCAAUCACCCAAUUAUAAUUUUAGUUAAUCUCAUGAUUUUCACCCAGGGAUAUUGAAGAGACUGUUUACACCAGUGAGUUGUAUGAAUACAUGGGAGAUUGGAAUUCUGGUGAUCUCAAGGUAAUGCUGCUGAUAGCUUUCUGGGAUAUGUUGGUUGCCUGUUCCCUGUAAUUUCACUACAAUAAAACCACCAGGAAGUUAAGACUCAGUUCCUUCCCAACCUAUUACUCCAACACUUGCAGAGAGUUGAUUCCAAACAUUUAGUGUCCAGUACAGAGUGCUAUAUAAAAUGUAUUCUCUGAAUGUGGUUACUUCCUCUAUGAAAUGAACCCCCCCUGAACUCAACAAGAACACUUUAACGCAGAUGAUGAGAUUCAUGAGGCAUCAAACUCAGUUAGAGCAGGAUAGAUUAAUUGGAGCUAUUAUACAAGGCACUUCAUGUAAUAGUCAUAAAUGCAGCAUUUUCAGUUGUUUCUAUGUGGAUGAUAUAUCAAACUGAAGCUGCAUCAUUCUAAUUAAAACUGAGCUCUGUUCUUGUGUCUACUAUGCCGUGUUUCCUCCUCCAUCAAUGAAACUCCUGCUGUUUGUGAGGACAGGCUCAACGAGACUUGCAUGCCUCAUUUGCCCUCAUAGUCAUGACGCAAGUUCAAUAACAUGUAAUCUGCUGUUGUCUAAUGCAUGUAAUCGUAUUUGUAAUUUGAUUAAUUCUACGAUAAAAUUCUAUUGUGAUUAUCUCUGCUUGUCAACGCUAUAAAGUGAAGCAGCAUUAAACAAUAUAUUGAAUGAUG